GAACAACUGCCAUUGCUUACAUCAUGCUUGUGCAGAUUCUUAACCACUCUGUUCGGAGUAAUAUUGAAAGUAAGCCUGACACUGAUUGGAGUAAUCGAUCCUGGAAAGCAGCCGCUGGCGCAACGACAAUUCAGAAGCUAUUAAAAUAUUAUGGACGACGAGCUUGAAGAUCGAGUUUUGUAUCAGACAUAUGUAUCACACAUGAAGCUCGUGUCCAAGUUUGCUCCCUACUGGAGCGUCCCUACCGGACUAAAUGCUGGGAUUAACACUCCAUUGAACUAUCUCUGCAGAAUUAUGCGGAUUUACGCUCUAAAGCCGGAGGUGCUGGUCUGCGGCAUGAUUCUGGCAAUUGUUCUGUUUUACAUACAAGCUGUAGAUGUCUGGAGCAGAGCGCUUCUAGGAAAAAUUCAAUACACUCUGGGACGCACCACGUCUAAGGUGUCUACACUGAAAUUUUUAGUUAACGAUUCAGUGCACGCUGGAGUGAAACUUAAUUGGGAAUUAAAGCAAGAUCACAUUGCGGCAUAUGCUGUGCAGGGACAUAGAGCUCGGAUGGAGGAUCGUUUUGUGGUAAACGAUGACAUGAAUAAUACUGGAGUCUCCUUAUUUGCGAUAUUUGAUGGCCAUGGUGGUGAGUUUGCUGCCAAUUAUGCUCGCGAUAAGCUUAUCUCUAAUAUUAACGAAAAAGUUGUUGAAUUGAAAAACCUACUGGCUGGCAAGGCACCCGCUUAUCCGCAGAAUGAGCGGGUCUUAAAAGAACCGGAGAAAAAGAAAAGCGACAAUAAAAGAGACGACAAAGUUCCAGAUCGAAGAAAAUCUUUUCGAAAAGUCGCAAGUACAUCCUUGACGGAUGAUUGCAUGAAGAAAGCUAUUGAAGUGACUGAUCCAGAAUUACUCGAUAAACUGGACAGCAUAACGCCCAUUACGAGAGAGGUCAGACCAUGUAGACCAGGUGAGAAACAAGUACCCAAAGUGAACAUGAUGAAUUAUAUUGAAGGGAAUAAAAUCAAUUAUGGCAGGCUUCUAACGGAUGAAGUUCUAGCAGCGGAUAGAUUAUUGGUGGAAACUGCUAAGAAGAAUAUGGAUGUAGCUGGUACAACUGCUUUAAUCGCUCUUUUGGAAGACAAUAAGUUGAUCGUAGCGAACGUUGGAGACUCCAGAGGAGUAAUGUGUGAUGAAAGGGGCAAUGCUAUUCCAUUGUCUUUUGACCACAAGCCUCAACAAGAAAGAGAAAGGAGAAGAAUAAAUAAAGCCGGUGGUUUGGUAACUUUUGACGGUGUAUGGAGAGUCGCGGGCAUAUUAGCGACUUCUCGCGCCUUGGGAGAUUAUCCUCUAAAAGAUAAAAAGCUAGUGAUCGCUGAUCCAGAUAUUUUAACAUUCGAUUUGAACGAUCACAACCCCAUGUUUAUAAUAUUGGCAUCCGAUGGCCUAUGGGAUACGUUUUCGAAUGAGGAGGCUGUGGCUUUCGUCAAAGAGCGUAUCAAUGAACCACAUUUCGGUGCGAAAAGCAUCACGCUACAGAGUUUUUACAGAGGCUCAGCGGACAACAUCACGGUCGUUGUGAUUAAUUUAAAGGACCGCAAACUCAGCAUAUCUGAAGCCAAGAAGAACCAGUUAUGAUCUUGGCAACGAACAGUUUUUCAUUUUUAAGUACCGAAAAAGUCUAGUCAUAAAAUGAAUAUAACUUGUUACACUCUAAAUUAAUUUAUUGCCAAACUGCAUAAUGUCCGCAGAUGAUGAUUUGUAGUAUGUUUGUCAAUACUACAAAUGAUGUUGAAAUGAUUUUAAUAGAAUAUUAUUCAAAGUAAUUUUACAGAUUUCUGAACUAAAUGUAUUAUAAAUAAUAAUCACUUGUUACAGACUAUCAAUAAUUACUAUUUACAAUAACUGUAGAUGCAUUAAUUUAUAAAACUUCAUUUUAUUUGCAGCCGUACAACUUGCAAUUUGUUACUGAUUAGAAAAAUGUAAGAAGGUUGUUCCGAAAUCAGUAACGGCAUUACAAGUAUCUAACUAUUUGUGUUUUAAGUGUCAGUUUACACUGACACUUAUUCAACGAUCAGAUCAAACUGACGUCCGAAGAAAGAUAUUUUAUGAUUAGUAUAACUUUGUUACAGCGGAAUAUAUAAAUUGUCUCUACUUUUCAAAUAAAGUCAUAAUUGUUUUUACAAAGAG